AUGCGCGGGGGAAUCAAUAGGUUUACUGGAGAAUUCUCGGCUGGGUUGCCUCCACCCACAAACGGCCUCUACAAACAGCCUCCACCCAUAAACGACCUCUACAAACAGCCUUCACCCACAAACGGCCUCUACAAACAGCCUUCACCCACAAACGGCCUCUACAAACAGCCUUCACCCACAAACGGCCUCUACAAACAGCCGCCACCCACAAACGGCCUCUACAAACAGCCUCCACCCACAAACGGCCUCUACAAACAGCCUCCACCCACAAACGGCCUCUACAAACAGCCUCCACCCACAAACGGCCUCUACAAACAGCCUCCACCCACAAACGGCCUCUACAAACAGCCUCCACCCACAAACGGCCUCUACAAACAGCCUUCACCCACAAACGGCCUCUACAAACUGCCUCCACCCACAAACGGCCUCUACAAACAGCCUCCACCCACAAACGGCCUCUACAAACAGCCUUCACCGCAUCCACCCACACACGGCCUCUACAAACAGCCUUCACCCACAAACGGCCUCUACAAACUGCCUCCACCCACAAACGGCCUCUACAAACAGCCUCCACCCACAAACGGCCUCUACAAACAGCCUCCACCCACAAACGGCCUCUACAAACAGCCUCCACCCACAAACGGCCUCUACAAACAGCCUCCACCCACAAACGGCCUCUACAAACAGCCUCCACCCACAAGCGGCCUCUACAAACAGCCUCCACCCACAAACGGCCUCUACAAACAGCCUCCACCCACAAACGGCCUCUACAAACAGCCUCCACCCACAAACGGCCUCUACAAACAGCCUCCACCCACAAACGGCCUCUACAAACAGCCUAGUCCCACAAGAGAGCCACACAUCUACAACUGCACCCCGACUCCCCGAAGUUCUUAA